UGCUGCUGCUGCUGCCGGAAGCGCCCCAGGCGGAAGUGAGUGCCGGUGUCAUUCGAGGAGGAAGCUGGCGGAGGGAACAGGCGUGCUGUCGAGCGGUGGACUUGGGGGCCCAGCAUGGCGGCGGAGCGGCUGGGCGAUCUGUGGGCCGAGACCCCCCUGGAGAGCCGGAUCUUCUGCUCGGUGCUGCUCUUCUCGUGGGCCGUCUACUUGUGGGAGGCGCUGCUCGCCUGGCGGCAGAGGACUGUGUACAGGACAACCACCCAUGUUCCACUGGAAUUAGGACCAAUCAUGGACUCGGAAACAUUUGAGAAAUCUCGCCUUUAUCAAUUGGAUAAAAGUGCUUUCAGCUUUUGGUCAGGGCUGUACUCAGAGAUAGAGGGCACAGUGAUUCUUCUGUGUGGAGGAAUCCCUUUCCUUUGGUCGGUAUCUGGAGACAUUUCAGCUCGUGCUGGUUUUGGGACUGAAUAUGAGAUUGUUCAGUCCUUGGUGUUCCUGCUGCUUGCUACACUCUUCAGUGCCGUCACCGGUCUUCCGUGGAGCCUCUAUAAUACUUUCGUCAUUGAGGAAAAACAUGGCUUCAACCAGCAGACUCUGGGAUUCUUUUUUAAAGAUGCAAUCAAGAAGUUUAUAGUGACCCAGUGUAUCCUGUUGCCAGUAACGUCACUCCUACUUUACAUCAUUAAAAUAGGUGGAGACUAUUUCUUCAUUUAUGCAUGGCUUUUCACCUUAGUAGUUUCUUUGGUCCUUGUCACAAUCUAUGCAGACUACAUUGCUCCCUUGUUCGAUAAAUUCAUUCCACUCCCUGAAGGAGAGCUGAAGCAGCAGAUUGAGGAGAUGGCAAAGAAUAUAGACUUUCCUCUGACCAAAGUGUAUGUGGUGGAAGGUUCCAAACGGUCUUCCCACAGCAAUGCUUAUUUCUACGGCUUCUUCAAGAACAAGCGUAUUGUGCUGUUUGACACUCUCUUGGAGGAUUAUUCUGCCCUUAACAAAGAGCGCCCCGAGGAGCCUGGCUCAGAGAACCAGGUGGCUGGAGGAGACAGGGAAGAUGCCGAGGCAAAGGCUAAAGCCAAAAAUAAGAAGCAAGGUUGCAAAAAUGAAGAAGUCUUGGCUGUGCUGGGUCAUGAGCUGGGGCACUGGAAACUUGGCCACACGAUUAAAAACAUCGUCAUCAGCCAGAUGAACUCCUUCUUGUGUUUCUUUUUAUUUGCCGUGUUGAUUGGUCGAAGGGAGCUCUUUGCAGCUUUUGGAUUUUAUCAUACUCAGCCAACCCUGAUAGGCCUGUUGAUCAUCUUUCAGUUUAUUUUCUCUCCUUAUAAUGAGGUUCUCUCCUUCUGCUUAACUGUAUUAAGUAGGCGAUUUGAAUUUCAAGCGGAUGCAUUUGCCAAGGAUCUUGGAAAGGCUAAAGACUUGUAUUCCGCUCUGAUCAAGUUAAACAAAGAUAAUCUGGGAUUUCCUGUUUCAGACUGGUUGUUUUCAAUGUGGCAUUAUUCUCAUCCUCCGCUGUUAGAAAGACUUCAAGCACUGAAACAAUCUAAGCAAGACUGAAUGAAAUAACUACUGGCUCAAAGGAGCUUCCAUCCCAAAACAAAUUUCCAGUUUUUAAAAACCAUCUAUACAUAUAUAUAUAUUCAUUCCAUUCCUGAGCACACCAUUCUGCAUAGCAACAUGCGCUGUUCACCUUAUUUGAAAGUAGCGCCCAAAAAUCCUGUAUCCAAUUUAUGGAACUGAAUUUUAAAGAGAAAUACCUUGCGGGGACUGAAUUGGGAAGGAAUGUAACUUGUAAAGUUUUAUCUGAAAAUAUUAACAAAGCAGUACUUGAGGGGAAAGUUUAACUUGUCACAACCUGAAGUAUCCAUGCUUGAAUUUGUGAAAGCUUUGAAUGUGACUUUUGUACCUUUUAAGCAGUUUGUCUGGGUGUUCUUACAGUACGAUAAACUUCUAGCUUUCCUACCUCAUCCAAUGAGGGGGUCUGAUCCUGGAUAUCUAUCCUUCCCCCCUCCCCUUUUGACCGUUGGAUUUCAAGCAUUUAAACCAAACGCUCUCUGGACUGAAAGUGUGAACUUUCCCCUUUAGGUCCAAGUUCAUACCUGCAAUGAAUGAAAAGGCUACUUUUUACAGAGAAAAUAAAGUCGCCUCUCUCCCUGUAUGGGGAAUGGAGAAUAAAUUGCAACUCAUGAAACAUCCUGCUUAUGUGUGUCCCAUAUAUUGUGUGUGUGAUGAUGGUUUGGAACUUGUCUGGUCUCACCUCCCCCUACCCACUGAUUUUCUGGAUAGCAGGGGUUUGGAAGGAAUAACUAUGUAACAAAAGCCAUACUCUUUGUAAAGAAAAAAGAAACUGACAUGGUUGACUUGCAUCAUUGAAUAGUCAUACUGUAUAUUCAAUCCCUAAAGUGGGUGCUGUGCAGCCAUUUACUAGAAGUGGUGGCUUGCCAUUAUCUCCUGUCUCCUUUGUUUCUCUAGUCUGUAUCAUAUAGGCAGCAAUUCAACAUGCUCCUUUCUCUACUAUGGCACUAUAGAAAGUGAGGAGGGGGAGCCUUGCCUGUUGAUUUAGCUGUUCAAUGCACACAAGUACUGCCAGAAAAAGGUGACAUUGUGCAACGUCUAUACAGUGGUACCUCUACUUACGAAUUUAAUGCGUUCCGAACACACAUUUGUAAGUCGAAAAAAAUUGUAAGUCGAAUCCCAUAGGAAUGCAUUGGGAGAAAAAAUUCGUAAGGAGAAGCAACCCUAUCUAAAAAUUCAUAAGUAGAAAAAAUCCUAUCUAAACCGCAUCCAAGAUGGUGGACAGAGUUCCAUUCGUAAGUAGAAACAUUCAUAAGUAGAGGUUUUUGUAAGUAGAGGUACCACUGUAAUUGCAAAUGAAGAUGCAACAUUUGAAAAAGCCAAGUUGUGUCACCUGCUCUAGGAAGGCUACGUGUUUCAUGUUAUGUAGGUCAAGAGUUUCAAGAGCCAAUUAAUAAUUAUGACUCGUAACUCUUGGAUUUUUAGCAUACCUUUUCUAUUCUCACCAAAAACAGCUGGAACUAU